CAGCUGUAAGUCAGAGAGGAAAGUGACGUCGGGGGAGAAGCAGACUUGUGUAAACAAAGCUGGAAAAUAGGUGAAAAUCUUUUUUUUUUACUCCCAGUGGCCAAGAUGGCGAGGAGGAGGGAUUAUUCGUAUAUCAGCCCGUGUGUGAAAUGGACGCUUUUCUUCUUUAACUUCAUAUUUUGGCUGUUUGGGAUGUUGGUGUUGGCUAUAGGGCUGUAUGGAGUUGUGUUCACGGCUCAGGACUUACAUGGCCUCAAGUCUGUGGAAACGGCCUACAUCAUCAUCACAGAUUUGUCAGGAGUAAUGGUGGUACUCGGCAGCGUUAUCUUCAUUGUGUCCUUCGCAGGGUGUGUAGGUGCUCUGCGGGAAAACCUCUGUCUGCUGAAGCUGUACUUCUGGAGCUUGACGAUCUUCCUGAUUGCUGAAUUGAUGUUUGCUAUUGCCUGCAUCAUUUUCCCGUGGAAGUCUAGGGAAAUUAUUGAACACUUGCUGUCAAAGCGCCUCAUCGAAGAGUACAGGGAGAGCCAAAACACCCAGAACUUUGUUGACUUCCUUCAGACUGAGUUCGGUUGUUGUGGUAUCACAGUAGAAGGUUACUUAGACUGGAAUGCAAAUGAAUACUUCAACUGCUCAGAGUCAAGCCCAAGUGCUGAGAAAUGUGGUGUGCCAGCUUCCUGUUGCUUGAACAGAAAAAAUUUGACGCACUUUGACUUUAUGUGUGGGUAUGAUAUGCAAAAUAAAAAACCUCAUGAAGCUUCAGAAACCAUUUACACUGGAGGUUGUGUGACAUCUAUCAUUCAGUUCUUAGAAUCAAACCUCUAUUGGGCUGCUGGAGUCAUAUUUGGGAUCACCUUGUUCCAGAUGUAUGUAACACACCAGGCUCGCUCACUGAUGGACCAGAUUUCCCUACAGCGCUCUAGAUGGUACUCAUGAUUUGUGGAAGAUGAAGUCUUUCACUAAGAUUAUUUUUAUUCUUCCUUCCAUCCAUCCACACUAUUCCCCUUUUUGUUCUGAUGAAGUCGCACCAAAGAAAAUAGUGAUGAUCUUGAUUAUUAUUGCAAUUAUUUGUUUAAUCUGUGUGGGUUUCAAAAAGAGGAAAUUGACAGGCAGGUACACGAUAUUCUAUAGUAACCUAGAAUCUCAAUGCAUGUAAUCUCUUGCUGAGCUUUUUCUUCCUUUGUUUUUAGCAAAUAGAUAACUUCUAGUACAGUAAAAAUUUAGUUUAUUUGACAUCUAAGUACAAAUAUUCUCACCAUAAAUGCUUACACUCCCAGCUCAUUA